AGCAGAGAGCAGUGCGCUGUUGGAUGUGAGCACCACCGACCUGUCUCGACUUCCAGAUCGAAGAUGGCGGUCUCGGUGUUCCCCGGCGUGCGGCUCCUCUCCAUCGGAGACGCGAAUGGAGACAUACAGCGACACUCAGAGCAGCAGCCCCUGAGGCUAGAAAUCAAAAGCACACAAGACUCAGCCCUCAUCAAUCUCUCCAAUGGAGAGGACGCGAGUGUGUUCAAGUGUUCGGUCUCCAGGGAGACGGAGUGCAGCCGCGUGGGGAAGCAGUCGUUCAUCAUCACGCUGGGCUGCAACAGCGUCCUGCUGCAGUUCUCGUCACCUGCAGACUUCCAGUCGUUUUAUAAUCUCCUGAAAAACAGUCGUGGGCACUUUUGUGAGCACUCGGUCUUCAGCGAUAGAACAGAGGAGUCCUCUGCUGUACAGUACUUCCAGUUUUAUGGCUACCUCUCUCAGCAACAGAACAUGAUGCAGGACUAUGUUCGGACAGGGACUUACCAGAGGGCUAUUCUCCAAAACCACAGCGACUUCAAGGACAAGGUGGUGCUGGAUGUGGGAUGCGGCUCGGGGAUCCUCUCUUUCUUUGCAGCUCAAGCUGGAGCCAGGAAGGUUUAUGCUGUGGAGGCCAGCACCAUGGCACAACAUGCCGAGGUGCUGGUAAACAGCAACCGUUUAGGCGAGCGCGUGGUCGUCAUCACGGGGAAGGUGGAGGAGGUGACGCUGCCGGAGCAGGUUGACAUCAUCAUCUCAGAGCCGAUGGGCUACAUGUUGUUUAAUGAGCGAAUGCUGGAGAGCUACCUGCAUGCCAAGAAGUUCCUCAAACCCAAUGGUAAAAUGUUCCCCACCAUCGGUGACGUCCACCUGGCCCCCUUCACAGACGAGCAGCUCUACAUGGAGCAGUUCACCAAGGCCAAUUUCUGGUACCAGCCCUCAUUCCACGGCGUAGACCUCUCUGCUCUGCGUGGAGCAGCUGUGGAUGAGUACUUCCGCCAGCCUAUUGUGGACACAUUUGAUAUCCGUAUACUGAUGGCCAAAUCAGUCAAACACACAGUUAACUUCCUGGAUGCCAAAGAAGAGGAUCUUUACAGGAUAGAGAUUCCCUUUAAGUUCCACAUGAUGCACUCUGGUCUGGUACAUGGCUUAGCUUUCUGGUUUGAUGUGGCAUUUAUUGGAUCCAUGGUGACAGUAUGGCUGUCAACAGCACCCACAGAGCCUCUAACCCAUUGGUACCAGGUCCGCUGUCUGCUGCAGUCUCCUCUCUUCACCAAGGCUGGGGAUACGUUGUCCGGCACUGCAGUGCUGGUGGCCAACAGGAGGCAGAGCUACGACAUCAGUAUUGUCGCCCAGGUGGACCAGACAGGAUCAAAGUCCAGCAACCUCCUGGACUUGAAGAACCCCUUUUUCAGGUACACAGGCUCCACCCCAAACCCUCCCCCUGGCUCACACUACACCUCUCCAUCUGAGAAUAUGUGGAACUCGGGGUCAGCCUACGGCAUGACUCAGGGGAUGCCUGUAUCAGGGAUGCCUGCAGCUUAUGACCUCAGCACAGUCAUUGGCAGCGGCCCGUCAGUGUCUCAUAACAACCUCAUCCCCCUAGUGAACACAGGAAUUGUAAACCACACCCACUCCAGGAUGGGCUCCAUCAUGAGCACAGGCAUUGUGCAAGGAGCCUCCACAGGCCAGUCCGGCCCCAGCAGCAGCGGUACUUACUAUCCCGUCACCAACCAGUUCACCAUGGGCGGCGCCGCCAUCUCCAUGGCCUCACCUAUGGUCAUCCCCAGCAACACCAUGCAUUAUGGCAGUUAAGACGAGACGUUGGAGCAAACGUCCUCGCCGUCUCUACCCCCCCGCAUGACAAGAGAUCCCUGAAACCCCUCCAGCCUUCCACCCUGACUGAUCCUCCAUCUGCAGCCAAAACCAAUAUACCAAAACCAGUGCUGUGCUGGCACUUCCCUCCCUUUUUCAUCAUCCACAUUUGACAACACUCAGUCCAUCACGAUAUGAACGAUAUGAACAGAACACUUGUAUCCGUCCAGACUCUUGUCUUGCUUACAGCUGAAACCUUUUCCCCUCUCCGUUUCCCGGUGUUCAUAUUGAGACUGAAACACAUGCACAGCUGAGAUGCUCGGCAGUUUUCAACAAUCCCCUUCUCUCCCCGUCAUUUUUUUAACGUCACCAUGUUCCCCGUGGUUCUCCCGCUUUCUUUACCUAAGAUUCUACCUGUUGCCAGAAA